UGUGGGGGCAACCAAAUGUAUAUUGUCUCACAAACCGUACUAGUAUGCUGUGGGACCUCUAAAACCUGAGGGCAAUUUCUGGAAGCAGCGACUUGGGCAACUUCCCAACAUAAGGCACAGUACUGUGGAAUGGAUGUAGGAGAACUGGCUAAACUAGCACAGAAGCACAAGAAAUUCCAAGCAGUGAUUUUUCCCUAGGGUACAAAAUCAGGCCUGCAAAAAGUAUGAUUUAAAUAUGGAGUUCUGAACAUCUUGACUAUUUUUACCAAGUUUGAAUAUAUCAUCUAAAACGGCUUGGUAUUUGCAAACGAGGAUCUUGAUUUAAAAAUUAAGUAUCUGUGUGCUCUCAAGUUCAACGAUGCAUUAGAGGAAGCUGGACUGGCUGUACAGAGACUUCAUACUGAAAGAUGAACAGUGAAGAAGAAUUUUAUGAUGCCGUUACGGGCUUUGAUUCUGACAAUUCUUCGGGGGACUUUUCAGAAGCAAAUCAUAAAGUUGCGGAAAUGCUUGAUAUAGAUCCGCACCAAAGCAAUAGAACUGGAAAACAUAAUGGAGAGACAGAGAUUCAAGAAAAUGGAAUUAAGAGACACAGGACAUCAUUGCCUGCCCCGAUGUUCUCUAGAAGUGAUUUUAGUGUGUGGAGCAUAUUAAAAAAAUGCAUUGGACUGGAGCUGUCUAAAAUUACGAUGCCCAUUGUCUUCAAUGAACCAUUGAGUUUCCUUCAACGGAUAACAGAGUAUAUGGAACAUAUAUACCUCAUUAAUAAGGCUUGUAGUCAUGCAAAUCCCCUGGAAAGAAUGCAGGCUGUAGCUGCUUUUGCAGUUUCUGCUGUAGCUUCUCAGUGGGAGAGAACUGGCAAACCGUUUAACCCACUUUUAGGAGAAACCUAUGAAUUAACAAGGGAGGAUUUAGGUUUUAGAUUUAUAGCUGAGCAAGUCAGCCACCACCCACCUAUUAGUGCAUUUUAUUCUGAAGGCCUCAAUAAGGACUUUAUUUUUCAUGGAUCAAUCUACCCGAAGGGAACAAUUACAUUGGAGCUGCUAAAACACAAUGAAGCUUACACAUGGACAAAUCCAACCUGCUGUGUACAUAAUGUAAUUAUUGGUAAACUGUGGCUAGAGCAGUAUGGAAUGGUAGAAAUUGUAAAUCACAGUACUGGAGAUAAGUGUGUCCUUAAUUUUAAACCAUGUGGACUGUUUGGGAAGGAGCUUCACAAAGUAGAGGGAUACAUUCAGGACAAAAACAAAAAGAAGCUGUGUGUGAUCUAUGGCAAGUGGACAGAAUGCUUAUGGUGCACUGAUCCCACCACAUAUGAAGCUUACAAAAAGAAUGAAAAGAGAGGUGGCGAGCAGAAGAAAUCGAAACCGAGUGAAGAUGUUAUUAAAUCUGAAAAUGAUGAGGCUGAUGAUAUGCCAGAGGUUCAAGACACCGUGCAGUUCAUACCAGGCAGUAAAUUGCUUUGGAGAAUAAAUUGUAGGCCACCAAACUCGUCACAGAUGUACAAUUUCACCAGUUUUGCUGUGAGUCUCAAUGAGCUAGAAAAGGGUAUGGAAGCAAUAUUAGCUCCUACUGACUGUCGGCUGCGUCCAGAUAUCAGAAACAUGGAAGAUGGAAACAUGGAUCUGGCGAGCAAGGAAAAAGAGAGACUAGAAGAGAAACAAAGAGCCGCUCGCAAGGAACGUGCAAAAGAUGAAGUGGAGUGGCAGACACGAUGGUUUCAUCAAGAGUCUAACCCAUACACUGGGACUCCAGAUUGGCUGUACUCAGGUGGCUAUUUCGAUAGAAAUUUCUCGGACUGUCCAGACAUAUAUUGAAAUUACUGAACCAAUUGCUCAUCUCAUCUGGACAUCUAGUUAACAGAUAUCAUUCUAAGCCAGUUACUCUGGUUUUGUUAAUAGCAAAAACCAGCUUUUGUAAGUAAAUUUUAACAAAAAUUCUAUCACUCAACAAUCGAGGAUUUAAUUAUCACUAACUUUGGAUUGCCAAAUAUUUAAAUACUGUUGCAAUCUUUCCAUAAAGCUGAAAAUCAUCAUGUUUUCACUAAUUUUUAAAGGGACCUUUGGUUCUUCUUUUUUUUCCUAGUUUUUUUUUUUUUGUCAGGAAGGUAUGGUGUAACUGGUAGAGCUUGUAACAGCCUUGAAAACUAUGUAACUUUAAUAAAACAAGUAGAGAUAAUAUCCUUGUUACUAAGUACAGCAAUGAGGAAUCUGCGUUUUUGGGAACUGGGAACAGAGAUGAAAAAUUAGUAUGGUACAACCAUGAUCACAGCUAAUACUGUUGCUAUUCCCCAUGAAGAGAGAUAUAUGAAAUUUUUGUAUGGUAUGUAGCACUACAUGGGGAUUGGAGCUCCUGGUCCCUCCCUCUCAAUACGGUUUAAUACUUCAAAGCCUUGGGGGAACAAAACACAAAAUGUUAGCUUCUCAAACUGUACUUGUCUGUUACAGAGUCUUCACAAUCUUUGGACACUGUGAGCAUUAAACUGUGUACCUGUGAUAAAAUUGCAUAAAACAUAGGAGAAGGGAAAGGUGCAUUUAAAAAAUGUCUACUUCUUCUGAAGUAGAACGCUCUUCUUAAAAUACAGGAAGCUUCAGAAACAGCUGCAGGAAUGUUGAGAUGGUUACAAUGUAAAAUAUAUUGCUUGCUACCACUUGGAGGUUUAGAUCUCCAGCACUACUUUUGGCAGCUUUGGCACUAUAUAUGCUUCUAGACUAAACUUUUAUUUGGAAGCACUUAGUGGACAUAUCUACACAGGUUCAUAUUUUGGGGAUGUUUUUGUUUGCAUGUUUUUCAUUAGUACGUCAUGUCUGUUCUGUACGUUGUGAAAAAGCAGAACCAAUUUAAAGCUGUGGCAUAGUUAUACCUAUUACAAGUUUUCAAAUUUUCUGUGAGCACGUGCUGUCAUACAAGUAGAAUUUUUUUUGUUCCAUACUGAAAUAUCAAAGCCAUAUAAUACUGGAACUAUUUGAACGACAGAUCAAUUACUGUACUGAUGCAUUCAUUUUCCUUCAAAGUGGUACGCUUCUGAGAGGGGGAAGGAGGCUUGACAAAUUAGGUCAAGCCAUUUAAACUAGUUUUAAUGUUGCUUGUUCUUUUAUGGAAACUUUUGAUUUAGUAUCCAGGCAAAAUUGCAGAGUGGCUACAGUGCUGCUGACUUUACAGUAAUUCAGACAUUGCUGGUGUCAAGCACCAGCAACUUGAAGAAUUAGUGGAAGAAUUGAUCUGAUUGCCCAGACACACUUGUGGCUUCAUCCAAAGUCUGGGUUUAGAAUUGCUCCUCCCAGAUAGAGGACUAAAAACCAAAAGAAAAUAAACAUCACCCUGGUGAAACAUUUUUAUAUGAAAUCAUGCAUUUAAAUAGAUCAGAUUAACUUUAAAUUUGUUGGGAUUUAGUUGCCUUCUGCAUUGGAAAAAUAAGCAAGAGAAACUGUAAAAAUUCAAGGCGAUAAAUAAGGGCAUAAUCUGAAAUGUGCUAAUGACAACUUCAUUCCGUUGCUGGAAAUUGAACUUUAUGCUGAUUGCAAGUCCUUCAGACGUACAACCUAGACUUGGUAAUAUGGUGCAGACAAAUUAAUAUUUGUUCCUAAUAAGUAUAUAGACACUUGGCUUUUAAAAGACAUUGCUGAUCGUUAUGGAACAGCACAAAAAUACUUCCAGCCUUUUUGUAAAAAUGUAACUUUAAAGGCUGUUACAGACACUGUGUCCCCCUUUCUAAACUCUCUGCAAGCAGAGUAGAGAACCAUUUGUGUAGGUGAAGCUUGAAAGGAUUCACGUAUUAAGCUGGUUUAAGAUCUCUUGGGAGUUUAAAACUUGUUUAAACUUGUCCAAUGUGCUGUAUUACUGUUUUUAAAACAUUAUGUGUAAAUUGAAAUUGCCAGACUGGAAAGAUGAUAUAGCAAUUGCUAAAGAAAUACUCUAUUAAGAAGCAAUAUACAGGUUAGCAACUCUUAAGUCAUGAUUGAAAUUCAGAAGCUCCAACCCCUUUUCAUUAUGCAAAAGCAUGAGAAGAUAGUAGCAGCAUGUUUAAUCCAAACUGCAUCAUAGCAUUUUCAUGGAUUUAAAAAGAAAUUGAAAAGAUUUCUAAAAUAAGAACCCUUAAUUUAGUUUUUUUCUUUAUUGCUUUCUCCCCUUCCUUUAGCGUAUUGGUUUUUUUGGUAAAAAUUCUAUCUUGGUUCCAAGUCUAUUCUCUAUUGAGUUUAUUGUUCUUCAUUGAAAAUAUUAACAAAAUAUUUUCCCAUCCCUGAUGAAAAGUAUGUGUUUGGUUGGCCAUGGGAUACAUAAUACAACAUUUUGAGUACUCUGUAAGUGGAAAAGUUUUAUUUUAAAUGCAGAUCUCACCUCAGUAGUUUACUUGUCAAAACAUUGAUAACUUUGCACCUUUUAAAAGAAUGUCACUUUUAUAACUUGAUUAAACACUGACUGUAUAUAAAAUAACUGUGUUAGUAUAUGUUAAUAUAGCUAUGUAGAGAAAUCAUCUAGAAAGAAAUUAUAAUAAAUGCUUGACACCCUUUGGGCCUCUAGAUGGUGAGAGAGAGGUUUUUGUAAAGAGUGACUUUCAUACUAGGGCCACUGUUUUGUAGGGCAAGAAAACAGUUGGAGAUGGCUCUGGCUUUAUUGCUGAGCCGGUGUCAGAACAGUUACAUUUUGUAUUUCCCUUGAUGCUUAUUAGACAAAAAUGAUUUAAAUUAGAGCUUUGACCUCCCUUUACCCCCCUCCCCCUUGAUUUAGCUCUUUUUCUGCACAUAAGUGGACUCAAUUCUUUAACAGCUUGUUGCUGUGCAGUACAUUGGAUAUAAGAAAUGCAAGGUGAUAUCAACGUACAUGUAGUUGGUGGAACUCAUCUCUAAAAUGUGCAAGGUAAAAGAAGGGGCCUGGGAGUCUUUGGGAG